AUGAGCGACGAGGUCAAGAGCAUGGGCUCUGUAUCGGCGGACACAGCGCAUGACAGCUCCCGCGGCAGCGCCGGUGACGGCUCACCUGCUUCAGUCGACCAUGCCAGCACCACCACCGACGGCAUCGUCCUGCGCCGCAAGAAGCCCAUUGCCGGCUGGCGAUUGGCCGUGAUAUUUGCAUGCAUCGGCAUGGGCCUCUUCCUCUCACUUCUCGAUGCCACUGUUGUCGCCACCAUGCUCGUCGACAUUUCCGCAGAAUUUCAAGAUUUCAAGACGUCGUCCUGGGUCGUCCUAGCCUACACUCUCACUGAAGUCGGCUUCGCUGUCGCCAUGGCCCGCCUCUCCGACGCCUUUGGCCGCAAGACCAUUGUCUGCGUCUCUUUUGCCAUCUUUCUCGCCGCGUCCAUGGGAUGCGCCGCCGCCGCCAACCUCGACCAGCUCAUUGGCUUCCGCGCCGCUCAGGGUGUCGGCGGCGCUGGCCUCUACAGCAUGGCCAUGAUCACCUUUCCCGAGCUGAGCCCGCCGUCGCGCGUCGUCCUCGUGACAUCGGCCCUCGGCGCCAUUGUCGCCCUCGCCGGCGUCUGCGGGCCCGUCAUUGGCGGCUUGCUGACCACGUAUGUCGGUUGGCGCUACGUCUUUUGGAUAAACGGUCCCUGUGCUUUCGUCCCCGGUGUCUUGCUCUUGUUCCUCUGGCCCAAAGACUACCAGCUCUUUGUCAGGAUUAACCCGCGCCGGCUCGACUAUCUCGGCGCCAUCCUGAUCCUCGCCGCCACCGUCCUGCCCGUCUUCAUUAUCAACCAGGCCGCCAUCCGCGACUACACCUGGCGCUCCGGCACCACCAUCAGCGUGCUCAUCAUCGGCGGCCUUUGUUGGGUCGCCCUCGUCUUCUGGCAGCGCCAGCUCGCCCGCGAUACGCGUCUCAGCCACAUCCGACCACAACUGCCCUAUCACAUCCUGACCAGCCGCGUCAUGCUCGCUGCCAUAUUUGACACGUUCUUGUCCGGCUUCGUCCUACUCCUCGCCAUUAUCAAUAUUCCCCUGCGCUCGCAAAUCGUCAACCUCUACGGACCUGUCAAAGCCGGCGCCCUGCUGCUGCCCAUGAUGGGUGGCGGCGCGGCCGGCUGCGCCCUCGGCGGCGCCCUCUCCCUCCGCCGCAACAACACCUUUCCGGUACUCGUCGUAGCCAGUGCCAUCCUGGCCAUCUCCUCGGGCGUUCUCUCCCGCCUCCCGGAGGAAACCGCGCCGCCGGCGUGGCAGUGGGGUCUCGAGGCCGUCCUCGGCGUCGGCGUGGGUUUGAAGAUUUCGAGCACCACGUUCCUCGCCGUCCUUCAGUCCGACUUUGAAGAUCACGCCAUCUCGCAGGGCAUUAUUGCGCAGAUGCGUGUCUUUGGCGGCAGCCUCGGCGUCGCCGUCAGCAUUGUUGUGCUCAUUACCAAAAUCCAAAACGGGCUGCAGGGCAGCCUCACGCCCGACCAGCUCGCCAGCUUUUACCGCUCGCCGCUAGCCCUCUUCCAGUUCUCCCCCCAGCAGCAACUUGUCGCGCGACGGGCCUUCAUCGACGCCUUCCGCGUCGACAUGUACAUUUGCGUCGGCGUCUCCGUCGCCUCGCUGUUCGCCGCCCUCUUCACGUACCAGCGCCACCCGCCGUCGGUCCAGUCCAAGCUGGCGGACCUUGAAAAGGAGCUAGCGAGGAGUGCGGCGCUGACGGAAGCCUCUGAAACAGCAGAGGCAUAA